CGCGCUUCAAGCGCUGCGUUCUCGCCACCAAAGCGACCUGAUAAUUAAGGCACAGUAGUUAUCUAUCAUAUCACUUGCAACGGUCGACUGACAGCUGCAGCCGGCCUCGGUUUUGCAUCGGUCAUGUCGAGCACGAUGCUGGAAGACCUCCUCGAGCGCGCCGAGGAGCAGACGCGCGCCGGCGACCGCACAAAGGCGACGGCACUCCUGCGGGCCGCGGUCGACGGCGCGACGGCGGACCUCGAACGCAAGCCGACGGAGCGCACGCGCGCCGUGCGCGCCGUGGCCGCGUACCAGCUCGCGACGCUGCUGCUCCAGGACGCGACGACGGCCAAGGAGGGCGACGAAUUAGUAUGGCGCCUCGGCUUCCGGCUGCGCCUCGCCGACGAGGCCCUGCGCUACGACGUUACAUUAAGUCGGCCGCCGCGGCGCGCCCCGAACGCGCCCCGCGUCGUCGACCAAGCGCUCAGUGAGGCGAAUUUGAGGAGCCUCGCGGCGAUCUUCGGCCGCGACGCACCGUAUUGGCCGACCCAUGAAGGCUCGGACGGCUUCUACAGCUACAACGUGCCGCUUGAUGAUGAGGGUCCCCUCGGCGGGUUUCUAAGGGCGCUGCGGCCGGCCGCUAAUGUCGCGGGCGCGACGUCGGGCGAGAUCUGGGCGCACGCGCGCGAGGCCGACGGCGCGCACCAGCUGCACUACGACCUCGACGAGGCCGCACUACGUUCUUCAGGCGAGACGCGUUCACCCAUAAAAUCGUCGGUUUUUUAUCUUGAGACCGUCGACAACGAGGGCGCGCCUACAAUGAUAAUGGCGCGGCGCCUCGGCGAUCAUGAAGAGAACGCGGCAGGCUGGCUCGUCGCGCCGCGACCGAACCGGCUCCUGACGUUCGAUGGGAGUUUGUUGCACUGUGUGGUGCCGCCGCUUCCCGCGCCCGCGGACGCCUCUAGAAGGCGCAUCACGGUCAUGGUCGGCUGGUGGGGGCCAGACGUGACCGUCGGCGACCCCGCGCGCCCGUCGCCGAACCGGCCUUUGGGGGCGCCGGCCUGGCUGCCUUCUGUUUCUUUUGAGGAGGCCUCUACUACGCCCGAGGCGACCGCGCCCCACGCCGUCGCGCGCGCGUGGCGCCGCGUCAAGGGUCGUGAAGCGACCUUCGGCGACCUCGCGUCGCCGGACGUCCUCCACGCGGGCCGCUUCUUCCUCCGCGACGCUCCCUCCGAGAUCGACGCGAGUGUUAUGGAAGCCGCGCCGAAGCCACCGGCGGCCGUCGAGUUCGUCGACCUCGCGAGCCUUGUUUCUGCGCCGGCGCCGGCGAAGAAGAAGCGGAGGAGCCGGUAAAUUCACACAAUCUUAUCCGGU